GGCCGGGGAGAUCUCGGAGGGCAAGGACAGAAGGACUCGCCACCACUCUAGGCUCGCUCUCUGUGCGCGUGCAAGUAGAGAACCCUCGUUGCACGCAGAAAUGUAGCGCAUCAGGGACCAAAGCUUUCACGCCACCUCCCCGCCUCCUGCCCUGAGGGAUUUUCUGCUUGCGGGGAGGUUGCUUUGAAAUGCGAAGUGCUCCUCGCAAUACGGAAAGGCGCGGUCCAUUCUGCUGCCUUCUCCCUCACGGCCGUCUGCUUGCGGGGAUAACCCCGAUUUUGCAUCCCACGAGCUCCGAGGACCCAGAGGAUCUUGCUGGCGGCCGGGCGUGGGAGGGGGCGCUCUUCCGCCGGCAGCGCUGGGGUCUCGGCCCAUGUUCCCCGGCCAAUGCCUCCUCCUCCUCCAGCAGGUUUCCCAGAGGCGGCGGCUCUCUCCGCUGCCUCCCUCCUCCCUUUCGCAUCGCUUUGCGUGCGCGCGCGUGUAUGUUAGUAAGUACAGUAUUGCAAGCAGAGAAGACAACUUGCCGGAAGCUCCUGACCUGAACCCUGAUUUCUAGGUUCCAAAGACUCCCAGCGAAGCGACGAUGUUCCCCAGGCUCUUUCAGCAGUGGAGUUUCCUGGUUUUCCUACUGAGUUACUGUGUACCCUCCUCUGAGAGAUCGCUGGAAGGGAAUAGCCGCAGACUCAGCAAAAGGACAGUAUCAGAAUACCAGCUGUUGCAUGAUAAAGGAAAGUCUUUGCAAGAUAUUCGAAGACGAAACUUCCUGCAAAAUUUAAUUGAAGGGGUUAACACAGCCGAGAUCCGGUCUAUGUCAGAGGUAUCACCAAACCCUAAACCUGCCACCAUCGCAAAGAAUUAUGCUGUCCGGUUGGGCAGUGAAGAUGAAGGCAAGUGCCUGACUCAAGAGACCAACAAAGCCCAGACGUACAAAGAGCAGCCUCUUAAGGCUCCAGGAAAGAAAAAGAAAGGAAAGCCCGGGAAACGUAAAGAGCAAGAGAAGAAAAAAAGGAGGAUUCGUUCAGCCUGGUUCAGCUCAAGAGGGUCUGGAAGUGAAAUGACACAGAUCCCCCUCUUGGACAUCUUUGGAACUACAAAUAUCAAUACAAGGAGGCGUUGACAUCAUCAGCUGAGAUUUUUGGAAAACACACUGCAGUAUUCUGUAAUAGUCAACAUAUGGAAAGUGUUAGAAUUAUUUAUUAUCUGUAAAUAUUGUAAAUGUAUCAGAAUAAAACGUUGGCCACAGAUGCUCUCCAAAACUGCACAUUUGAACAUUGUGAAUAUUGGGAGAUUCUUUUUGUGCAAAGACAAUUCUUGUUGUCCAUUUACCAUAAUUUAUUUUGUUGAAUGAUGUAUUUAUUUCCAUGAACGUUUAUCUUGGUGCUGCUGACUUUCUAUAAUUUUUGUAACAUAAUGCACUUUAGAUAUACAUUAUGUCUUUUGUUGAUACAACAUAAAUAAAUGGUUCCU